UUCAUAUCCCUAUGGUAAUGUAAAUGAAACACGUGAACUGAGUGUGAGAAUGUGUAUUAUAUUUACUAAUUAAUUCUUUCUGUUUAGUGAAUUAAAAGUUGAAAUAUUUAAAAAUGAUUUAAAGUAUUCUAAUUCUCUUAAAAUAUUCUUCUAUAAUUAUAUUUUGAUUUGAGAUGAUGAUGGUAUCGUUACUAAUGCUCGAAAUAAAAUAAAGUGUGCUGUGUGAGUAUUGUCAAAUAAAGUAAAAUUGAUCAGAAGCAAAAUAUAUUGGACUUAAAUAUAAUUCAUUUAAAUAAAAAUGACUGAAGAAAUAAAUUCGAAGAGUAUGACUGAUGCAGAGCGACUCGCUUUGUGUCAGAAAUUGGACAAGGAGCUAGACGACUUUAUUGAUGGCUUAGAAAAAAAGCGAUACACAGAAGGAUGGCCUGAAGAUCGAUGGGAAGAAGAAAUGGAUAAGCAUCCUUUCUUCAUGAAGUCGGCACCCAAGGGAGAUGAAAUGUCCCCAUUAGCUGAAGGUUUGGCAAGACUUAAGUAUGAUCCCGAAGAAAAUACACCGUUGGAACUAGCUAAUAAUUAUAAAGAAGAUGGAAAUUUCAACUUUAAACAUAAGAACUAUAGGCUCGCAAUUUUAGGGUACACAGAAGGAAUAAAAUUGAGAUGUGAUGAUGAUGAAAUUAAUGCAAGCCUAUACAACAAUAGGGCAGCCGCACACUGGCAUCUCAAAAACUUCAGAUCUUCAUUACUUGACUGUGAAAAAGCACUUAAAUAUAAUCCAAAUCACGAUAAAGCGAGAUUGAGGGCAGCCAAAUCGGCCUUUGAAGCAGCAAUGUAUGAUAAAUGUAUUGAACAUUGUGAAAAAAUUCUUGAAAAAUUGCAAUCGGAAGAUGUCGUAGAACUUUUAAAUAUGGCAAAGAAAAAGAAAUUGUGUAAAGAGAGAGAUGAAAGGAAAAGAAAUUUAUUGGAAGCGAAGAAGAAAGAACACAAGGAUUUAUUAAUUGAAGCUGUAGUAAAAAGGGGGAUUAAAAUAGCAAAUUGUAAGUGCAAAGAUGAUAUUGACAUAUCAAAAUUAGAACCAGAUAUACCGGGAGCUCAGGAAUCAAUGGUUCACAUAGACGAAGGAAUAUUAAAAUGGCCAAUUCUAUUAUACUAUCCCGAAUUCAAAAUGACGGACUUUAUAAAAGCGUGUCCUGAAAAUGUACCUCUACUGAAUCAACUAGAGCAAGUAUUUCCAUUAGCUUGGGAUGAGGAGAAUAAAUAUUCAACAGCAAAUGUUAAUGUUUUCUACGAAGGUUCAGAUAGAAUGCCACAUUUAAUUGAUCCAAAAAAGAACUUAGGCGAUUUAAUUGUGAGCAAAUAUUUUGAAGUGAAAGCGGGCACACCUGCAUUCUUUGUUUUGCCAUCUCAGAGUUUAGCUGAACGAGAGUUCCUAGAAAGCUUUAUUUAGUGUUAAGGAAUGUGUUAUUUUUGAAAUGUUACUGAUGUAAUGUAUAAUAUAUAUUUUUAUAUGUUUUACCAGAUAUAUAAUAAAUUUAAUACUAAUAUAUUUUA